UGAUUUAUUUAUUGGAUUUUUUUCGCCGGAAUCUCACACGAAAUCUUCAUAAAAAUCUUCGCUGGAAACCCCAUCGAAAUCAGUAAUCAGACCGCGCUGCCCUUGCAAACAAUGUUUUCCGGAUCCGCUUUGCUGGCGCCCCUUUUGGGGCUGGUGUUGGCCUGUGCCUUUCACUCGAGCGAAGGACGGGGCUUUGUAAUCCCGGGCACCAAGUGGUGUGGUCCUGGAAACAUAGCGAACGGCUACGAUGACCUGGGCACCGAGCGGGCCCUGGAUAUGUGCUGCCGGGCUCACGACAACUGCAGGGAGAGUAUUGCUCCGGAAGGGGAAAUCCAUGGCCUGCAGAACGACGGGGUGUUUCCGAUUUUCUCCUGCGCUUGCGAGUCAGCAUUUAGGAACUGCCUCACCGCUUUAGCCAAUUACCAAUCUCUUUUUGUGGGGAGGACGUAUUUCAGCACCAAAAAGGUUUGCUUUGCCUUUGGGCAUCCCAUCGUAUCCUGUCGGGAGACCCAGGGGGACAUGUUCGAGAAGCGCUGCCUCAGUUACCACGUGGACAAAGGUCAGUCCCAGCUCUGGCAGUUCUACGACUUGGCACUCUACACACACGUAACCAAAGACAGCGCCGAGGACCCCUGAGAUUGAGCUUUGACAUCGCCCGGCGAUAAGCGACUGUUUAUGUUCAAAUGGAAGAUUGUAGAAAAGAAAAUCAAUAAAUAUGUACUUCUUAGAAUUGCGAAA